CCCGUACGAACGUGACGUUUCGUGAAUGGAACGCCGCCGCGUCGCGAUAUUACCGCGCAGUCGUUCAGUCAUUCGACAUCCAUGCAACGCGCUUGCCCGCAGGUAAAGCACACACGGUAAAACGUAAAAAUAACGAACGGAGUGCGAUCGUCGCGUAGUAAAAAAUAAAAAAUAAAAACGGUAAAACCAAACGCGACCCGGUAAAACCGUCGGCGAUGGCAUAAGGACGAGUAAGAUUUUAUCUGUGGUAAACGGUUCCGCGGUCCAGACGCGCGUGAACGCAUUUUCCGCCUAACACGACAAAUUUUCCGCUCCGUCCGGUGCCGGUUCGCGGACGAGAUCCGGUUCUUUUACGUUUUCCAUAAAUAUAUUUAAACUUUUUUCGUUUAUCUUUACAUCCGUUUUUCCCUCCCGGUUCACGGUAAACGGCCGCGUUCGGCGCAGGUAACGCGGAAACCAUGCGGGGACCGUUCCGCCGGUGCUCGUUCGUCCUGUGCGUGUGCGUGUUUGCGCUCGGCGCGGGCUCGGCGCGCGCCUACGACAAAUGCGACUCGAGACGUUUCGCCGCCGGAGACUUGGACAACGAGUGCAAACAGGCGAACGGCUCGUUGUCGUCGGCGCCGGGACGGUACGCGCGCGGCGCCAAGAACGUUUCGGGCACGGCCGUGACACGCGAACGUGACGACGGCCUUUACGGCGGCGAAUACAAACCCAAAGAUGUUUAUUCGUCGAACACAAUCCAAGGACUGUUUUCUGUAAAUCCUCCAAUAGUAUUAUUAAACAGUUCCAAUGAACUGUGCAGGAAACAUAGUCAAAUCUACUUAAGAGAAUUAGAAAAAUUAACAACAUGGGCAUUAAAAAUGUACGAUGCAUCAGCUAAAAUACCAUCAGGUAUUUUAAAUGGGAAUAUAAACCAGUUCGGUGAUUUUGACCAAUGUCUCGGAGCGAACGAUGAAAGUUUGGGCAUUAAAGGACAAUAUUGUUUGGCUUUCAUUGAGUUGAGUUUGCCACCCAACGCUAACGAAAAAUGGAAGUACAUUUUAGAUUUGGUGCACUCGCAUUCAGCUUUCCGCAGUCGUUUGGAAGAUCCAGGGCAUCGCGUACCCAGAUUUUCCACGAUCAACUGGGCCGUCUGCGCACCAGCCAGCUGUUCGCCGACAGACAUCGAACACGAGCUGCAUUCCUUGCUGUCAAGAUAUAUGGACACUGCCGAAGUGAUUUUUCGCCUGAAAGUCGAUUCAGAGAUGUGCCAGACGUUCAAAACUUCCUACAUUCCAACGACGGGUUCCUUAAUCGCCGUGUCGAUUUUCGGUGUUCUGUUCGCGUUCAUAUUCGUGUCCACGGUGAUGGACCGGUACAACAUGUUCUCAAAUCCGGAAACUAACGUAUCCAAGAUAUUAUACUCGUUUUCGUUGAAGAGAAACUUUCAACAGUUGCUGAGCAUCAACGAGUCACCGGAAGACAUCAAGGCGGUGCACGGGAUCCGAGCACUGAACGCUUUCAUGCUGCUGGCAUCCCAUAAGUCUAUGGCGAUGUUUUUCAACCCUUAUUCGAACAGGACUUCAAUGACAGAGCAUCUCGGGAAACCAUGGACAGUCAUCGCACGUGCAGCAAGUCUCUACACCGACCCAUUCAUUUUGAUGAGCGGAUUAUUGACGACGAUUUCAUUUUUGAGACAUUUAGAUAGAAAAGGCACAAUCGAUUUACCUAAAGAGUUCAUAUCUAGAUUAGUUAGACUCGUGCCGACGAUGGGUGCGAUCAUAUUGCUGUGCACGCUGAUCGUACCGAACUUGGGUUCCGGUCCGCAGUGGAAUCUCGUGGUGAAGUACCACUCGGACAUAUGCCAGAAGAAUUGGUGGAGAAACUUUUUAUUCAUUCACAACUAUUUCGGCUUCAAAAACAUGUGUUUGUCACAUACGCAUCAUAUCGGCAUCGACUUUCAACUGUUCACGGUGUCUCCGAUACUCGUGUGGAGUCUGUGGAAGUGGCCAAAAAGGAGCAUGGUCGCACUCCUAGCACUCGCGAUCAUUUCCACUGGACUUCGGUACUACGAAACGUUCACGAGGAAGUUAAAUCUGUUCAUCAACUACGGCAGCUCGGUUUCGCAGAUGUAUGACACCGCCGACUUCUCUUACAUCCUGCCCGCGCACCGGUUGACCGUGUACAUUAUGGGCAUCCUUUUGGCGUACUGCCUGCGGUACGUCGGAAGAGACUACCGGCUGAAGAACAGCUAUUUGAAGUUAGGAUGGGUCGCCGCCGCCGGAUUCUUCUACGAGGCGUUCAUACAACCGUCGAAAAUGGGUUCCAUCGAUUACGUGUACGACGUGAACGACGCGGCCAACUUUGCGGCUUUCGCGCCGAUCUAUUGGUGCAUAUUUUUCAGCUGGAUCAUAUUCGUCUCGUACACUGGCAACGGAGGAUUCAUGACGUCGUUGUUUUCGUGGAAGGGUUUCGCAGUGUGCACCCGUCUGUCGUACACGUUCUACUUGACACAAUUUCCCGUGUUCUUCUACAACGUGGGAAGCCUUCGCUCGGCGCUGGAGUACAAUUUCGGUCUGAUUGUGAACGUCAAGGAGAUUGCGGUUAUCGUGGCCGUGUCCGUCUUGCUCACCGUUGCCGUUGAGAUGCCGUUCAACAACCUGAGGAUGGCGUUCGUGAAGAAAUCGUUCAGGCACGUGCCCGAGGCCGUUGGUUGCGACUCGAAGAACGACUGAGGCCUACGCGUUACCUAAACCUAAACCGACCGUUCGCGUGCUCACUUUCUUUUUUAUACAUUUUUUUCACUCGUCCGUCCACACACACAACAUAAAAAUAUCAUCGUCACUACCAGUGCAUCAUCCGAUACCUUUAUGAUUCGCGAUCAUCGUAGAUCGGCACGGAUCGAAUGUUGCUGCGACAGUGCUGUCAUCGGUUUCCGGUUUGCACGCGGCCUGCGAUGACGGAUCCGUCGCAAGCGAAACGUGCUAACAGAAUCCUUGUCGGUAUUUUAUUGCGAUUCGAACGGAAAUCACUUGACGUUUCCGCGCGUGUUCACGUACGCAAACGUCGCCGGUGCAGCUGCUGGGCCGUACGUAUGGACCGGUGACGCGUCGAAACAAAUCUAAAAACAUCUCAUACCGACUGUGCGCAGCAGCCUUUCCUCCUAACAUUUGCACCUUUUUUACAGUUCAAUAUUUGCAUUCGUAAAGUUUUAUAAUUUUCAUCGAAGCGUAAAAACUCAUUUUAAAUGGUACCGGCGACCAUCAACUGUCACAAUAAACAUAUAGUAGUUUCUAAGAAAAUGAUUAACUCGAAUUGUGUUUAUACAUUAUUAUAUUAUUACCUUAACUAUCAUUAUUAUCAUAUUAUUAUUAUUAUUAUUAUUAUUAUAUGAUUAUUAUCAUUAUAUUUGUACAAGUUUAUAAGCAAUUAGAGUUGAUUGUUUGUGAAUUUUUUAUUUAAAUAUAUAUAUUAAAAAAAAAAAAACGAUUGUCAUGAACAACAAGUUAUACACCUUGUGCAGGAUAAAAGUUAAAUGAGAUUAACAAUACUGUUUCACUUAAAUAGAUUUAAGAUUUUAGUAUAGUAAAUUAUUAAUUAAAAAAAUAAUUAUUUUGUAUAAAAUAUAAACACAUUUGUAUAAUUU